UAAUAAUAAUAAUAAUAGUUUCCAUGACAUCGUCCACGUACGAUCAUGCAUGUGCAUGACCUGUCGGCAAUGGUACGGCCAUCUUGGCUGACGUAAGUCUGGGGGUUCAGUUACCCAAAUUCCGACCCAUGUGAGGCCUCUCUCACACACAAACCUGGCCAUGUGGAGCCCAUGGGUUACAUCAGGGUUAAUUGAUUUUCCUCGAUUAAUAAUAAGAGCCUUAUUUUAGCGUGCUCUGAUGUCAUGCUGAGACUUGAAAUUAUAUAGUAGUCCAGUCCACAAGCAUAAGAAUCAAUAUCGAGAUCAUCGGGUCCCCGUCGGCCCGGACAAGUCGUGGAUUGAUGCUUUAACAACCGUGCGUAAUCAGCCCAUCAUGUGGGCUAUCCUUCGUCAAUCGCCGUCACUAUCGCUCCAUCACGAACGAUUCAUCGCUUCCACGUGUCUUAUCCACUCGUUUUCAAGGAAGAUAUUUCGUGACGCCACGAAUUGAUCGGUCUACGAAAUGAGAUAUGGACCAACGUAUGGGUCCCGCACCGUUUUGCCCAACCACAAGUUUGGUAGGCGACUUGAGUCGACUAAUGCUGCUCGUGUAAAAAGGCGGCGGACGAGUCGCGUCUUGUCCGAGCUCAGCCGCUAUUUUGUACUGCUACUACCCGUCUUCCCUCUCGCGUCGUUCGCUUUUCCCCUGUUAUGAGUCGAAGGCAAGUCUUUGGGAUAAAUAUGUCCAAAGUAUUCCUAGCACCGCGUUCCUUUGUCCUCACGCUUUCUUCUUCCUCCUCCUCUUCUGGAUCCUCUUCUUUAGAGCUUUCGAAGAACUCGUGAUCCUUCACCUCCGAUCGACCAGAAAAAAGGCGUCUUCUUUCGUGUUCCUAGGGUCUGACCUUGGCGGGAGAGAUAAUGGAGAAGUACGAGCUGGUGAAGGAUAUCGGGUCGGGCAACUUCGGCGUGGCGCGGUUGAUGAGGGACAAGGUGACGGGAGAGCUCGUCGCCAUGAAGUACAUCCCCAGAGGCCAAAAGAUCAACGAGAACGUCGCGAGAGAGAUCAUUAACCAGCGGUCGCUUUGCCAUCCCAAUAUCAUCCGAUUCAAAGAGGUCGUGGUGACGCCCACGCAUCUGGCGAUCGUGAUGGAGUACGCCGCCGGCGGAGAGCUCUUCGAGCGCAUCUGUCACGCGGGAAGAUUCAGCGAAGAUGAGGCAAGAUAUUUCUUUCAGCAGCUCAUCUCCGGCGUCAGCUACUGCCAUUACAUGCAAAUCUGCCACCGCGAUCUGAAACUGGAGAACACGUUGCUCGAUGGCAGCCCGGCGCCGCGCCUCAAGAUCUGCGAUUUCGGUUACUCCAAGUCGUCGUUGCUCCACUCUCGCCCCAAGUCCACGGUGGGUACGCCGGCAUACAUCGCCCCCGAGGUGCUCUCCCGGCGUGAGUACGACGGCAAGAUGGCUGAUGUGUGGUCAUGUGGAGUAACAUUGUAUGUGAUGCUGGUGGGAGCGUACCCAUUUGAAGAACCGGACGACCCCAAGAAUUUUAGGAAGACCAUGGCGUUGGACUGUCUUCUUCGAUUGCAGAGGAUAGUUUCAGUGCAGUACAGAAUACCCGAGUACGUUCAUAUUUCCCAGGAUUGCAGACAACUGAUCUCCAGGAUCUUUGUUGCUGACCCAUCAAAGAGGAUUACUGUGAGGGAGAUUAGGAACCACCCUUGGUUCUUGAAGAACUUGCCCAGGGGACUAACAGAGGUAGCACAAGCAAUGUACUACAAGAGGGAUGCCAGCGGACUUGCCUACUCUCUUCAAAGCGAGGAGGAGAUAAUGAAGAUUGUUGAGGAGGCAAGGAUCCCGCCGGCGGCGUCAACACCAUUGACGGCAGGCUCGGGUUGGGCCAAGGAAGAUGAGCAGGAGGAGGGCAAGCAAGAGAAAAGGGAGACCGAAGAGGAAGAAGAAGAAGAUGAUGAUGAUGAGUAUGAGUAUGAUAUGAGGGUCAAGGAAGUACAUGCCAGUGGAGAAUUUCCAAUGAUAUGUUUGGAUCAAUGAGAGAAUCUUCGUUGCCUUAUAUGCUCCUAAUUAAUCUUAUCGUACUGUUUAUAUCGAUGAAUGUUGAUAUGUUUGCAACAGAUGAAAUCGAUCAAUGUAUGGUAGUCUUAAUACCAAA